AUGUCCACGGGCUCCGGGAGCGAGGCGGAGGAGCUGCCCGAGAUGGACCUGAGAGCGCUGCAACUGGACUACCCGCAGCCGCCGGCCAAGCGGCAGCCCCGCGGUGAUCUCUAUCCCUCGGGGGACAACUCCUCGGCGGCGGAGGAGGAGGAGGAGGAGGAAGAAGAGGAGGAGGAGGACGGCGAGGGCAGCUGUGCGGCGGGGCCUGCGGGCAGCGGCUGCAAGAGGAAGCGGGCGCGGAGCGGCGGCCCCGGGGGCAAGAAGGCGGCGUCGGGGCCGCGGGGGCCUCCGCCCGAGGGGAAGCAGUCCCAGCGCAACGCGGCCAACGCGCGGGAGCGGGCGCGGAUGCGGGUGCUGAGCAAGGCGUUCUCCCGGUUGAAGACGAGCCUUCCCUGGGUGCCGCCCGACACCAAGCUCUCCAAGUUGGACACACUGCGCCUGGCGUCCAGCUACAUCGCCCACCUCCGGCAACUCCUGCAGGAAGACCGCUACGAGAACGGCUACGUCCAUCCAGUCAACCUGACUUGGCCAUUUGUGGUUUCAGGAAGACCUGACUCUGAUACCAAAGAAGUUUCUACAGCCAGCAGAUUAUGUGGAACUACUGCAUAGUCAGAAUAAAUUGAAGAUUUUUAAUUGUUGUUGAUCUUUUUUAUGGGAUGGAUAUUCUUAAGAGCUGUGGUUUAUCGGCUCAGGACUAGAAGAUGGGGACAAACCCCCAUCUCUAACAGUGUUAAAUCUGUGU